GUUUGGCUUCGCGAAAAUGCUCCCGAACUUCUGGAAGUUGGGAGGGAUGAUGAAGCUGCCCUUGCCAAGAUUGGCGAAAAGUUCUUCCAGCAAUAUGGUGAAUAUUUUGUGGUCAGAUUUGGUCGCAAUCGCAUGAAGAACUUCCGAUCCGUGCUGGAGGAGGCCCCCAACUUCGUGAGUUUCAUCGAGAGCCAAGUCAGCCGCAAUGCUGCUGCAAAAGGUAUGGCCUGGCCAAGCCCUGAAUCUGCGCACGGAGUCGUGGAGAAGAACAAGCACUGGCUUGUAUCCUUCGCGAAGCAGCGUCAGAGCAAGGAGCAGGCGACUGCUUCAUCAGGCGCCAGCGAGGCCCCUCGGAAGCAGAAGCUCAAAGGCCCAGUGAACGGCGCUGUGAGCCUUGACAUCAAGGCUUUCGGGAGGGAAGUAGAUGCAUCGUUGUAG